AUGAAUUCAACAGAUAAUGAUGGAGAACUCAUCCGCAAGUUUGAGACUCUGGCCCGCAGCGAUGUGGCCCUCGUCGGAGGAAAGAAUGCCUCCUUGGGCGAGAUGAUUGGCGCCCUCAAGAGCAAGGGCAUACCAGUUCCGCCUGGCUUUGCGACUACCUCACAGCUAUACUGGCAAUACGUCGGCUAUAACGAUAUCCAUGCUCGAUUGUCCGACAUCAUCAGUGAAUGGCAGAGCAACACGGCAACUCUGGCUGAGACAGGCGCUGCUAUUAGGCGCCUCUUUCUUCGAGGAAGCUGGCCUCCAGAGGCAGCCACCAAAAUCAAGAGGGAGUACCUCGAGCUGGCGCGAGCUGAGGGGAACAUGGAACUUGCUGUCGCGGUGCGAUCAAGUGCAACAGCAGAGGAUCUUCCGGAUGCUAGCUUUGCAGGCCAGCAAGAAUCAUACCUCAACGUCUACGGGGCAGAUGCGGUCUUGGACACCUGCCGGCAGUGCUACGCAUCGCUCUUCACGGAUCGAGCCAUCAGCUAUCGACAGUCCAAAGGCUUUGAUCAUAUGAGCGUAGCAUUGUCAAUUGGGGUGCAGCGCAUGGUCCGCUCGAGCACUGGCGGCUCUGGCGUCAUGUUCUCCAUCGACACUGAGACUGGCUUUGACAAAGUCGUCCUCAUCAACGCUGCCUGGGGUUUGGGGGAAAGCGUCGUGCAGGGUACCGUCGACCCUGACGAAUAUCAGGUCUUCAAGCCUUUGCUGGACAAUCAUAGCCUGACCCCUACGCUGGAGAAGAAAUGCGGCGGAAAGGCGACAAAGGCGGAACGGGCCAUGUUUGUGCUGGAAGAUGCCGAGAUUCUGCAGCUGAGUAGGUGGGCCUGUAUCAUAGAGAAGCACUAUGACUGUCCGAUGGAUAUUGAAUGGGCCAAAGACGGUGUGACAGGCGACUUGUAUAUCGUCCAGGCGCGCCCAGAGACAGUGCGCUCCCGCGAUGACGCGGCUGUGCUCAAGACAUAUACUGUCAAAGAAAAGGGCCGUGUACUUGUCACUGGCGGUUCUGUGGGGGAUGCCGCCGUGUCUGGUCAUUUAUGUUUGAUUGAGUCCGCCGAAAACAUGGACAGUUUCGUCAAAGGAUCUAUCCUCGUCACGACGGCCACAGAUCCGGAUUGGGUUCCCCUGAUGGAGAGUGCCGCGGCCAUCAUCACCGACCAUGGUGGGCGCACUUCUCAUGCGGCCAUUGUCAGUCGUGAGCUGGGGCUGCCUGCUAUCGUUGGCACUGGGAACGCAACCCAAGUGUUGCAUACAGACCAGGUUGUCACGGUGUCUUGUGCUGAGGGCGAUGUUGGCUUUGUGUACGAUGGUACAUCCAAGAUUGGCACUGAGACCGUGGACCUCGCCAGGCUGUCUAAAAUCAAGACUCAGAUCAUGCUGAACCUCGCCAACCCAGCAGCCGCAUACAAGUGGUGGCGGCUGCCCGUCGAUGGCAUCGGUCUCGUCAGGAUGGAGUUUGUCGUCAGUAACGCGAUUCGAGUCCAUCCCAUGGCCUUGGAACUUCCCGGCUCUCCACUAUUGACCCUCAGGUAA